AUGUCUAACCAAGGUAGUAAACCCUAUAGAUAUUUCAAGUGUUGGAGCAGUGAUCCAUCUGUUAGGGAAGUUAUCAAUAAUGCUUACUCUAAAUAUGUUAGAGGCUCUUAUACAUACAAAUUAGCUAACAGACUUAGGUUUGUUAAACAUGAUCUUAAACUCUGGAAUGUUCAACAUUUUGGCAAUAUUGAUCAUAAGGUUAAAACUCUUAAUAAUCAACUCAAUGACCUGAUUAAACUUCCUUAUUCCUCUGAGAAUGUGGAAUUGAUUAAACAAGUAGAGUUUGACCUAAAACACUGGCAAAAAAUUCAAGAAGAAUUCUAUGCUCAGAAAUCUAGACAAGAGUACUUUAAAUGUUUUGAUAGAAAUACUGGAUUUUACCAUAAUUAUGCAAAUAGAAGGAAGCACUUUAACCAUAUUAGUGUACUUAAAUUGUAUAAUGGGCAGUGGGAUAAUGAUAGAGUUGAUCUUAAAACCCUCUUGGUAAAUCAUUUCAGUUCUAUAGGGACAACUUCUAAUCCUUACAGAAAUACUGAACUUCUCAACUGCAUAGACCCUUGUAUUUCAGAUAUUGAUAAUCUGACUCUGCUUAGACCAGUUAAUAAGCAGAAAAUUAUUGAUACCAUAAACCAAAUGACACCCUGGACUUCCCUAGGGCCCGAUGUUUUUCCACCUGGGUAUCUAAUUCAUGCUGAAGAGAAUAAUCUUAUUCACGGCAUUAAAGAAUUUAGUAUGGCUUCUGGACAGGUGAUUAACCUUCAAAAAUCUGGAUGUUUCUUUAGUAAUAAUGUUCAUCAUGAUCAUGCUUUCUCUCUUAUAAAUAAUUUAAAAGUCAAGAAGAUUGCAUUGAAUGAAAAAUAUUUAGGCCUUCCCCUUUUUAUAACUAGGUCUUUAUCUGAUUCUUUUAACUAUCUCAAUGAUCAUUUUGAUAAAAGGGUUGCUAAGUGGAAAGGUAAGCAUUUUAACCAGGCUGGUAGAUCUGUUGUGGUCCAAAAUGUGCUAAAAUCUUCUCCUAUUUAUCACAUGCACACUUUUACAAUUCUUGAUAGUAUUAUUAAUAGUAUGGAAUCUUCCCAAAGGUAUUUCUGUUGGGGUAAGUCUAGAACAGGGGGUAUUUAUUUUAGAUCUUGGCCUAGAAUUUGUACUCAUAAAUAUCAAGGUGGAUUAGGCUUUCGAAAUCUUAAGCAUGUCAACUUGUUUCUUUUAUCUAAAACUGCCUGGAAGCUGAUUCACAAUCCUAAUGAUAUGUGGGUGGUCAUUCUUAGAUGCAAAUACUUUGAAAAUUGUCAUCCCCUUCACUACUCUAAGAAGGGUGAUUAUUCCUGGGCUUGGAGGAGUAUUAGUCGUGGUUUAGAUUUCAUUUUGAAACAUUCUAUUUGGAAAGUUAAGGAUGGUAAGAGUAUUUGUGCAUUUAGAGAUAGAUGGAUUCCUGAUUCUUGUGAGCCUAUGUUUGUUGCUAAUCCCAAUCCAAACCUUAAUUUCUCUGCUUUCAUAGAUAAUGAAACUAAAUCAAGGAACUCUGAACUUGUUAGAGAAUUUUUCAUUCCUAACAAUACUAAGAAUAUCCUUGAUUCUAGGAUCCCUCUUUCAUGGAGUGAUAGACUUAUUUGGCCUCAUUCUAAAAAUGGCCAGUUCACUGUUAAAUCUACAUGUAAAGUCAUUUCCGGCCAGAUUGAUUAUAUGAAUAAUGUUCAAAGUAGUAACCCUUUCUAUAAAGCGUUAUGGAGAUUCUCGGUCCUUCCUAAUGUUAAGAUAUUCAUAUGGAAGUGCCAUGAGAACAUCCUCCCUUCCAACUCUGUGCUUGCCAGGUUUGUUAAUAGAGAUAACAAUGCUUGUAGUAUGUGUAACUCUGACUCUCUUGAAACUCCUGUGCAUAUACUCUUACAUUGCCUGUUUGGCAAGUCAGUAUGGUCUCUAACCCCAUAUGCUGACAUUAUAGCGAAAGAUAACAAUUCUUCUAUCAACCUACAGACAAGGUUGUCAAAUGGAUUACUGACAACAGUUUGA